AUGGCAGUUUUGGCAAACUUCUACCUGCCCAGAUAUCUGCUCGCCCUCAUUCUCCUCCAGCUGCCGAAACUGGAUUCAGCUCACUUUGACGUGAUUGGACCCCCAGAGCCCAUUCUGGCCAGGGUGGGUGAAGACGCGGAGCUGCCCUGUCACCUCUCCCCAAACAUGAGCGCAGCGCACAUGGAGCUGCGGUGGUUCCGGAAUAAGGUCUCCCAGGCGGUGUUGGUGCACCGGGAGGGGCGAGAGCAGGAUGCAGAGCAAAUACCGCAGUACCGAGGGAGAGCGACGCUGGUGAAGGGCGACAUCACCGUGGGGCGCGUCGCUGUGCGGAUACACAGCGUCCGGGCCUCUGAUGACGGGGAGUACAGGUGCUUUUUCAAGGAUGACCAAAGCUACGAAGAGUCCAUCGUGCGGCUGAAGGUGGCUGCUCUGGGCUCUGAUCCUCAUAUCCAUAUGGAAGUUCAAGAGAAUGGAGAGAUCUGGCUGGAGUGCACCUCAGUUGGAUGGUACCCAGAGCCCCAGGUGCAGUGGAGAACUCCCAAGGGAGAGAAAUUUCCACCCACGUCAGAGUCCAAUAAUCCUGAUGAAGAAGGCCUGUUCACUGUGGCAGCUUCGAUGAGCAUCAGAGGCAUCUCCCUGGAGAAUGUUUCCUGCUGCAUCCAGAACCUCCUUCUUGGCCAGGAGAAGGAAGUAGGGAUUUCCAUACCAGCUCCCUUCUUUCCAAGGCUGACUCCCUGGAUGGUGGCUGUGGCUGUCAUUUUGAUGUUCCUAGGACUUCUCACUAUUGGUUCCAUAUUUUUCAUUUGGAGACUAUACAAGGAAAGAUCCAGAGAGAGAAAGGAUGAAUUCAGCCCUAAAGAGAGACUCCUGGAAGAGCCUGAAUGGAAAACGGCUAAAUUGCAUGCAGUUGAUGUGACUCUGGACCCAGACACAGCCCACCCCCACCUUUUUCUGUAUGAGGAUUCAAAAUCUGUUCGACUGGAGGAUUCACGGCAGAAACUGCCUGAAAAUCCAGAGAGAUUUGACUCUUGGCCCUGUGUUUUGGGCCGUGAGGCCUUCACCUCGGGGAAACAUUACUGGGAGGUGGAGGUGGGAGACAGGGCUGACUGGGCAAUUGGGGUGUGUAGGGAGAAUGUGAUGAAGAAAGGAUUUGACCCCAUGACUCCUGACAAUGGGUUCUGGGCUGUGGAGUUGUAUGGAAAUGGAUACUGGGCACUUACCCCACUCCGGACCCCACUCUCAUUGGAAGGAUCCCCCUGCCGGGUUGGGAUUUUCCUGGACUAUGAAUCAGGAGACAUUUCCUUCUACAACAUGACUGAUGGAUCUCAUAUCUAUACUUUCCCCAAGAUCUCUUUCUCUGGCCCUCUCCGGCCUUUCUUCUGUCUAUGGUCUUGUGGUAAAAAGCCCCUGACCAUCUGCCCAAUUGCUGGUGGGCCUGAAGGGGUGACAGUAGUUGCUGAUGCCCAGAACCUUUCUAAGGACAUACCACUGUCCCCCAUCGGGGAGGACCCUGCUUCUGGGCAUACAGACACCCUCCAUUCUAAACUAAUCCCUACUCAACCCAGCCAAGGGGCAUCUUAG